ACUUUUAACAUUUUAUAAAAUUAAAAUCAGUUAUUCAGAAGAUUUACAACAGGACCUUAUAGCGUUUUUGAAUGAUAUAAUACCUAAUUAUUUAACGACACUAAGUAUACGUGUAUCAGUCAUAUACAAAACAGAGAAUGCGAAUUUUACUGAUUGUAGUGCUGAUUGCACUUGGGUGCCAUUGCAAACCUAAUAAACCGCUAAACACAGAUGACCAAAAUGGCAGAGAUAGUAAAGAACUAGACGACCUUCCCGACAUUUUUGAUGAUGUUGGUGGUCUAGAUUUAAGUCCGUCUGAUUCAAGUUCCAUUGAUGACGAUGAUAGUUUUGUUGAUAAAACAAAUUUUGUCAAACGUCGUUUUGGCAAAAAAUUUGGAUUUGAUAAAGAGGAUAAAGAUUUUGGAUUAGAUAAAGACGACAAAGAUUUUGGAUUUGAUAAAGACGACAAAGAUUUUGAAUUUGAUGAAGACGUUGAAUUUGAUGAAGAUGUUGAAUUCGAUGAGGAUGUUGAAUUCGAUGAAGAUUGCCCUGAUGAAGAAGAAAUUGCUGAGAAAGAAGAAACUUGUGUAUUUGAUGUGUCCGCAACAACAGGAGAGGGAGACUUCAUCGCUAAGAUUAGCUUCUCUGAAAAAAUAUGGGGUUUCGAGAUGGAAGAACCGUUCAGUGUAUUGGCACGGCGUCGUGGAAAUAACAGAAUUGAAGAACUAAGCAGUACCAUUGAAACGGACAAUAAGGAAAUAAGAGGAGGAAAGAAGGGCGGUAAAAAAGGUGGCCGAAAAGGAAAACGAGGUGGUCGUAAAUGGAAACGAAGGGGUGGCCGAGGACGUGGUCCAAAACCGAUUAGAGAUGUGUAUGCUAUCAAUAAAGAAGAAAUGGCCGUUCAGCAACAUACCAUGACAUUCAUUUUCAAAUAUAAUACUAAUAGCGUCCCAACGUUUACUUGUACAACGCUCACAUGUUCAUCAGGAGGACCAUCUCAAGGUACAACGCCACCUGUACCACCACCAGCGGUUCCAACGAGUAGUUCUGCCACACAACCACCAUCAACAGCCCCAAGUAGUCCUGCCACACAACCACCAUCAGCUCCCCCGAGUAGUCCUGCCACACAACCACCAACAGCACCCCCGAGUAAUCCUCCCACACAACCACCAUCAGCACCCCCGAGUAAUCCUCCCACACAACCACCAUCAACAGCAUCAACUACUCCUGGCCGACCGCCACCAUCACUAGCUUAAGAAGUUCUUGUAAUAAAAUAUGAUUCAGUAUGUUUUGAAUUGAAAUGCUUCUAUUAGACAAAAGUCGUUUAAUUAAAGAAUUGAGGAUUAAACAUUAUCAGCUUCUACAUUAGUCAUACAAUAAUUGUUAACGAAAUUUUAUACAUUGAAUUACAGUAUUUCUCACAUGCAUAAUAAUCAAUUAUUUGUUUAACUAUUUUGAUUUUAGAGUUCCACAAUUCGCUCUUGGGUUCUUUUACAAACAGAAACAUUUAAUUAUAAUUUCAAAUAUCUAAAAGUCAUACAACCAAGCAUUAGCAUUAAAAUAAUCAUAGGUAUUAAAUGUAAUAAAAGUGAACUGAACAUAUA